GUGAUGGAACAGUACUACUUGGACAAAAACAAUAGAGUAUCUGAACCAUUUAAUAUACUGCCUUAGUCCAAAAAUGGCAAUUGAUCCUGCAGAAAGCAAACAAAGAAUAAAUAAAAUGAAAAUACAAAUAUACAUAUAUAUAAAUCUUUUAAACUUUUAAAAUGUAUAACUUUUUUAUAUUAACCAAGAUAUUAACUAUUAAAUUCCAAAGAUGGUUUGCAUCACUGAUCAAGAGUGCCUACAGCUUUUAAACACCAACACCAAAAGACAAGUUCUACUAGGGUCCUGUUUGGUUUCUGAACAGACCCUUUUCAGAUUUUUUAAAUAAAUAAAAAAAAAUGUUUCAAGCAAAUUUUCAAACCUGUGCUCUGAGGUUCAACUGUAGGUUUAAUUAUAUGCAUUGUCUGUCAAUGCAGUUGCAAUAACAAUGCAAAGACCUUCACUUGUUUUAUAUCAGUUCUUCUGGUCCUGGCUGUUUGUGGCCUGUAAGACAGGUGGGGAGAUGUAACAUUUUGCCAGGUUAAACUUCUAUUACUGAUUCCUUCCGAAUUAUAUGGUGUUUCUUAAAAAAACAAAUCCCCAUCCGUUGUGACAUAAAUGAUUUAAUAAAAUCAGUAAGAAUUCCAGCAACAACAAUUUGCUAAUAAAUGCCAGUGUUUAAUGUGCUCUUUCUAGCCAUCGCCUUUGUUUAGCUCCAAUGUAAGCCGAACAUCUGGAAGCAGUCAGCAGGCUCAGAAGAGGUGGAAGCAGCGGCCUGGCGCUAACAGAGCUGUGGACUGCGGCCAAGGCGGACGCGGCGUUGCGCUUGUACAUUUUGGCGCAGUCGGGCGAGACACGGGAGCGUGGAGACAUGCGCCCAGACUCCGUCCCGUAGGCUCGGCGCACGUCUUUUCGAUGCGGUUAACCAAUGUGUCAGUUAAGUUCUCACCGUUUCUGCCUUCCUUCUUGUAUGUUCGCCGCUUUUGGACGUGCCAAACUGAAACGCACAUAUAUGUUUGACGUGCCGGUUUGUCAGAAGCAAGCCCUGCGGCUAAUUGGAAAUUUCAUUUCGGCGCGCGUGUGAAUCUGACAAACAGACUGGGAGCGGAGAAAAGAAACCCUCGCAGAUCGAAGACGGCCAGUGGUUUGGGUUUGGACUAAACUGAAGCUUGCGAUGUUAAUCUGGCACCGGAUGCGUCUCCAAUGGCCUCUUGUGAACCGCUGUUGGAGUCGCCUUUACUCUUUUUUUAACGGUUUUGCCCUUGUGUGUUUAAUGAGUUCAUCCCGUGCGCCAAACGCACACAACUUAGUUUACACUCUGCUGCGUGAUUAGAUAUGACAGUCCCUGUGAAAUCCGGACUGUUUUUGCGUCAAUACUUUACGGAGUUUCGUUAAAGCUAUCGUGUUUAUUGCAAGUGUGGCAGUCGGAGGUCGAGGAUGCUUGACAUGGAAUGAAAGGAGUUUGUUUUAAGGUUUUGUUUCCUCUUUUCCUUUUAGCCGUGACAGCUGUACGAAUCUCUCCCAUUGCCUGAGGAAGGGAGAGAGAGUCUGGCUAGGAGUUCCACCCAAAUCCUGUUUUUCCAGAACACUGGGUCUUGGCUGAAGGUGUUCAGUAUUAAGUAGAAUUGCACAAGACUCUCCGAAAACAAAUGUGUGAGAGGAGUAAUAAAUUAGAAUUGCCAAAGGAAUGAACCUCAGGACAUGGUCAUGCCUCUACACUCUGCCUCUGGUUUUGCCCUGGUGGUGCAGCUUUGCCUCCUGCAUCAUGCCCAAGCAGGGGCACGCUACGGGCACAAACAACUGCCCCAGCAACUGCCCCAGCAACACCAACCCUUGCCUCAGUUACCUCACAUUCCUAUGGGUAAGGAAGGGAUACCACAUCAGCAGUACCUAGGGAAGGAGCUUCCUCAUCUACCUUAUGGAAACGAGAUGCCUGUGCUCCCAUUUUAUGGAAAAGAACAGCCACAGUUACCCUUGCAAAUGGGCAAAUUCAGUCUGGGCAAAGGUGAAACUAUACCCAGAGGUGAAAAAGGCCCUCCAGGUGAGGUAGGACCUAUGGGGCCUCCAGGACCUCAAGGUCCCCCUGGAAUUCCAGGCCAUGGCAUUCCAGGUCCCCCUGGGAAACCUGGCUUCCCCGGCCCUCAAGGAUUUCCUGGGAAUGGAAAACCUGGUAUGCCUGGACUGCCAGGAAAACCUGGAGGGAUUGGUUUGCCAGGCCCUAAGGGUGAGAUGGGACCAGGUGGUGGUGAGGGUCCAGUAGGAUUGCCAGGCCCUUCAGGGCUUCCAGGACCACCUGGGCUACCAGGUCUGGCAAAACCAGGUGCUCAGGGACUACCUGGACAGCCAGGGUUUCGUGGAGAGCCUGGACACAAGGGCCUUCCAGGGAUUCCUGGUAUUCCAGGACCUAAAGGUGAUAAAGGGAUUGGCCUUCCGGGAUUACAAGGUCAUAAAGGACCAAAUGGGCCACCUGGUCUACCAGGUCAAGCAGGGUUACCAGGAGUUGGCAAGCCAGGACAAAAUGGAUUACCUGGGCCCCCUGGAGUUCCUGGUAAAGCUGGUCUACCAGGAGAGCCAGGGCUGGCAGGACUUCCUGGUGAACAGGGGCAACCUGGACCAUCAGGACUACCAGGUAUUGGCAAACCUGGUUUCGAUGGUUUGCCAGGGAAGCAUGGACUUCCAGGUGGAAAGGGAGAACCAGGUCCCCCUGGUUUUCCAGGGGGUCCAGGUUUGCCUGGAUUUGGGAAGCCAGGUUAUCCUGGACCAAAAGGUGAGAAAGGACAUAAUGGUUUAUCUGGCCCUCCAGGUCCUAAAGGUGAAAAGGGUUAUGGUGGAGUUCCUGGAAUUAUUGGCCCACCUGGACCAGGUGGUCUCCCUGGUCCACCAGGUCUCAUGGGGCCCCCAGGAGUCAUUGGUUUCACUGGACCAAAAGGAGAAGGUGGUGCAGUUGGACCAAAAGGGCCAGUAGGUAUAAAAGGUGAACAAGGACCUCCAGGACUUCCAGGAAAACCAGGGCUCCCAGGAGAAAGUGGGCAGCCAGGACCAAGAGGCUUUCCUGGGCCUUUAGGCCCUCAGGGUGAAUAUGGACACAAAGGUUUACCUGGUCUCCCUGGUGCCCCUGGGAAGCCUGGACAAAAAGGUCAGGGUGGUCUGCCAGGGGAAAAAGGUCCCCAAGGUCCAAUAGGAAUUCCAGGACUUAUGGGUCCAAGUGGACCAAUUGGACCUCCAGGAUUUCCAGGACCAAAAGGGGAAUAUGGCCCACAGGGAAAACCGGGUCCACCAGGUGAAGGAAAUCCUGGACUUCAAGGUCCAAUGGGUCCACCAGGGAAACCAGGACCAGCUGGACUUCCUGGCAAACCUGGAAUGCCUGGCUAUCCUGGUCCUCCUGGUCCACCUGGACCACCAUCAGGCAUGGGUCAGAUUAGCCCCGAGAUAGGUCAGAUUCUGGACGGGGCCAAACUGGAUGGUUACAAGAAAGGCAAACUUGUAGGAGACAUUACUGAUAGAAAUGGUCUUGAGAUGCCUGCUUUUACUGCUCAGCUAAUAACACCAUUUCCUCCUGUUGGCAGCCCAGUGGUAUUCAACAAGAUCUUGUACAAUGGCAAUCAGAAUUAUAACCCUCAAACAGGCAUUUUCACCUGUAGCAUCCCUGGAGUUUAUUAUUUUGUGUAUCAUGUCCACUGCAAAGGAGCCAAUGUGUGGGUAGCUCUGCACAAAAACAAUGAGCCAGUAAUGUACACAUAUGAUGAGUACAAAAAGGGUUUUCUAGAUCAAGCAUCAGGGAGUGCAGUGCUGCCUCUACGAUCUGGAAACACUGUUCAUAUUCAAUUACCAUCAGACCAAGCUGCAGGACUUUAUGCUGGUCAAUAUGUCCACUCAUCAUUCUCUGGAUAUUUAUUGUAUCCACUGUAAAGUGCUUGUGACUAUAGGUCCUUGGUGAAAAGAUAUCAGCGUUUGAUAUAUGAACUGCAUGUGUGUUAUCAGCACUUUUACGAAAUCCAGGUGGGAAAAUAAAAAGUGCAGAAUUUCAGUCAUGUAGAAUUUACCAUUUGAUGUCAGUUUGUACUUCACUGGUAGUUUUUCAAAUAAUGAAUAUGACAAUGAAAAAUGUUGACAUUUUUAAAAUGUGAGGUAUGUAGUACAUACAUUUUUUUUAGGGAAAAAGAAAAGACAAAGGCUCUGUCUUCAAUUCAUUCAUUAAGCAUCUAAAUGGCAGACACACAUAUUCAUAUUUCCUUCUUUUUCAGUAGGCUAUUUGUGCCAGCCUGGGGCAAUAUUAACUACAUACAUAACUAUACACAUUCUCUGUUAAUAAGAGUGCGUUCAGUUUUUCUACCAGAUACAGUGGUUUUUACCAAUCAUCUGUCAGUUUUUACCUAUCACUUUUCAAUAUUCUUUACAUCAGCUAAUUGCAUUCUCAAUCUCCAUGAAAAAUAUAUGGUACAGUUUAUUUGUUUAUGGUAACAUUUUCCUCUUCCAGUUAUCAUAUCACUUUACAGUAACUGCAGGCUCACAUUCAUCAAUAUAUAAACAUUACUUUAUUAAGCAAAAUAAGGAAGCAAGGUCAGUUUUACUUACUGAUACAAACUGGGGUACAUAUGAAAUAUGUAUAGCAUAUGUGUAUAUAAUAUGUUUUUUUGCUGUUAAUAUCCCUCAGAUAUUCUAAAACAUAUGCAAGCAGAAAAUGUUAAUUCCAAAUAUGUGGACAUGAUAAAUCCGAUAAAAGGUCAACAUAGUGUUAAUUUGUUUCAUCACAGAAAAUAGUUACACCUGAGGAAAGUUAGUCUAGAGGAUUGCAGUGGGAUUUCUUCUCUGUAAUUUAUUGUUUUAUUUUGUUUGUUUUGUUUGUUUUGUUUUGUUUUACUACUGAGUGUUUGGAUUUGUAUAUGUGAUUAAAAAAAAUUUUAAAAAAAGAAAAAAACCAUGGGGCAUACAAACAAACUGUGCCGUCCAGUUUUCACAAUGGUGCUAAACAUUUAAUCAAUGAACAGUGUCAUUUUUGGUUUUUAAAUAAAAUGGAAUUGACUGAAA